AUGGCCUGUAAUGAGCUGUAUCAGUACUCCCUUGCCCUUGGUCUCAUGGAUGGCGUUGCCGACAAGGGCUUACCUAUCUCGGACUAUCUCCAGCAUGGCGAUCACGGACUGGGCACCUUCCGCUUCAUGAACGGCGAGAUGAUUGUGGUUGAUGGCACCGCAUACCAGAUGCUUGCUGAUGGUUCAAUAAAACGGCUUGACCCGAAAGGCGAUGCCAUUCAUCCUUUCGCUCAGAUCACGCGCUUCAAACCCGAGAUUUCCGCAAGAGCUGCGGUGCCGAGCAAGGAGGAGUUGAAUGGCAUCGUCAGCGGCUUUGUGCCGGGCUCCAAGAACCAUCACCUGGCCAUGCGUCUCGAUGGGCUCUUCAAGUCCAUCACGGUCCGCACAGCAGCAGGUCAGACAGAGCCACGGCAACCUAUGAUGGAAGUUGGAAAGAACCAAGUGGCGUUCAGCUUCGAAAAUGUACGCGGCACGCUCGUCGGGUUCAGGCAGCCUCACUACGUCCAGGGCAUAGGAAUUGCCGGCGAUCACCUGCACUUCAUCACAGAGGACCGGCACGUGGCGGCGCAGAUGUUCAAGAUGACGCUGGAACUGCCCAAGGGUGACGAAGAGUUCAACGAGGCGCCUCUGUUGGGCAAUCACAAGGACUUGGAGUUGGUGGAGGGUUGA